UGCCAUAGCCAAAUCAAACAAGUUUACCUUUUUCUUGACUUUUAGACUCUUGUUUUCUACUUGUGAUGCCUGUGCUUUUACCCACAUUAUUAGACUGCAUUACAUGCCUGUCAUGGGUGAAAUAUGUCUCAUCAUUUGCCUGCUGUGGGCAUUUCUGAAAGUGUAUGAGUGUGAGCCGCUCAUGUUUGGAGAGGUGUCUUCUCCAUUGUAUCCCCAACCAUAUUCUACAGAUCUCCAGGAACAAUGGGACCUACAUGUGCCCAAGGGGUAUCAUAUCCAGCUAACCUUCAAUCAUCUGGACAUUGAACCCUCUCAAAACUGCUACUAUGAUUCUCUCUUGGUUAAGUCAGACGAGAAGGUUGUGGGGAGGUUCUGUGGCAAGAAUUCCACAGACAGGUUUCACCCAGGACACAAGCCCAUCUUAACCCCUGGAAACCGUCUCCGGCUGAUUUUUCAUACAGAUGACUUAAAUCAUGAGUCUCAUCUGGGCUUCACUGCCUUUUACCAGGCCGUUGACAUUGAUGAAUGUUCCACUUCCAGUGAGGAGAUUGGAUCAGAUCCCCCAUGUUCACAGAUAUGCCUCAACACUUUGGGCUCCUAUGUGUGUGCCUGUCAUCAUGGUUAUCAACUGAGACCUGACAAUCGCACCUGCAUCUUGGACUGUGGAGGAGGAGUGUACACUGAACCAGAGGGGAUCAUCUCCAGUCCCGGGUACCCAGACCCCUCCCCACUUGAUCUGGAAUGCCUCUAUAUCAUCUCUUUGCAGCCAGGCUUCACUAUCGCCCUAAACUUCAGCCAGACCUUCCAGAUUGAGAAAGUCAACAAUCAGGGACCAACCUGCCUCUUCCACUGGCUGCAGGUGUCUGUCCCAGGAAAAGACCCCGAGAAGUUCUGCGGAGACAAAAGCCCUGGUAUCUUCCACACAGGCUCCCACACCACCCAGCUUGAGUACCACACCGACAGACACGGACAGAGCCAGGGAUGGAGCUUACAUUACACCAGCCAGAGGGUGAAGUGUCCAAAUCCGGGGAAGAUUAGCAAUGGAAAAGUCACUCCAACAUACCCCCAGUAUUUGUACAGAGACUACAUUCAGGUGUAUUGUGAUCCAGGAUACAAACUCAUGAUGGGAGAAGAAGAAGUUAAAAGUUUUUUAUCCAUGUGUCAGAGUAAUGGACAAUGGCACAUGACAUUGCCAACAUGUAGGAUUAUUGAUUGUGGCUGGCCAAAGUCCCUGCCAAAUGGAAACGUUACAAAUAUCUCUGGAUCAGACAAUCAUUAUCUUUCUAAGAUAGAGUACCACUGCAAUGAGCCUUUCUAUGCUUUUGAUGGAAAGCCUCAAGUUCAAUACACCUGUACAAGAGAACGGAAAUGGACAGCAGUUGGCCACAAUGACAUCAUUCCUCCCUGCCUUCCUGUGUGUGGCAUGAACUCAGAGGUCCUGUUUGGUGGAAGAGUCUAUGGUGGGAAGCCAGCCAAACUGGGACAGAUUCCCUGGAAGCUCUUACACAGAUCAAAUCCUAGAGGUUCUGCUUUUCUGAUCAGUGAUCAGUGGGCCCUCACAGCUGCUCAUGUAGUAGACGGACACGAAAACACAACCAUGCAAUUCACGGGAGGAAUGAUUGAUGAAACUGAUCAGCGUUCAGUCGAAUUGAUAACUGAGAAAAUCAUAAUUCACCCAAACUAUGCGAAGGUGGGUAAAGAUGGACAUGAAAGUAACUUCAAUAAUGACAUCGCCCUGAUCAAAAUGUCCGAACAAGUUAAACUCGGUCCAAACAUCAGGCCGUUGUGUCUACCAAAAAAAUCAGAUCGACCUGUGUUGGAGGGUAUGAAGGGUACAAUCUCUGGUUUUGGAGGUAUUAAGGAACACACAAAAAGUCAUCUUUUGCUUCAUGGCCGUGUUGAAGAGUAUUCCCUUGAAAAAUGUGUGUCCUUCGACAUGCCUGUAACUGAUAACAUGUUCUGUGCUGGAAAUGAAAAUGAACAAAUUGACAGUUGUCAAGGUGACAGCGGUGGUGCGUUGUUUUUUCCCACUUUGGGCACUGCGUCUCUAGAUCAGCGCUAUGAGGUGAGGGGCAUUGUGUCAUGGGGUCCUUCUGUAUGUGGUCAUAAAAGUUUUAAAGGUUAUUACACAAAAGUGCGAAACUACCUGGACUGGAUCAGGGAAACUAUGGCAAAUAACUGAUAUACAUGAGUCCUCUCUGAGUCUUUAUUUUACAGCAACUUCCACAUAUUAACCUUACUUCUUAAAUUUUAACUUCCAAACUUGCAGAUUUAUUCAAAAUUUUGUUAAGUUUAAAUGUGUGUUGUGACUGUACUAAACAUCAAAUAAAACAUUUAAUUGUGUGAAAAAUA